AUGGCUCUCCCGAUCAGUAGUCCCUCCCCGCGCGUGGACCGCUUCCAGCAAGCCAUGGAAUCGGUGUACGGUAGCUUCAGCCUCAUAGAAGAUCCCAAAAACUGGAAUCCUCCUUUGAAAUCAGGCGGGCACCGCGGUCGGUACCUAUGGACUGAUGCAUUCGGCGUCGUCAACUUAUUGACCAUGCAUCAUGAUUAUUGUCGUGCAGACGGGAGAAACGGCUCUGAUGAUCGAUACAUCCAACUUGCCCGGCGGCUCAUCGAGACUGUCCAUGAUAUACUAGGUCGCACAAGGGACGGUUUAUCUCGGUUGCCAGGAGCCACUGAGUCGAAUCCUCUCGGUGGAGGAUUACGAAUCGGGAAGACGGAAGAGGAUGGACGCGAUUGCGACGGGCAGUAUCAUCAUUAUCUGACCAUAUGGAUGUUUGCAUUGAAUCGAAUGGCCAUGGCAUCUGGUGAUAUGGAGUACAAUCGUCAAGCUGUCAAUCUGGCACGCGCAAUCCACCCCAAAUUCUUCGUGAAUCGGUCAUCGGCACAACCGCGUAUGGUUUGGAAAAUGUCCAUGGAUUUAUCGAAGCCGCUUGUCUCAUCUGAGGGAAACCUGGAUCCCAUCGACGGGUUCGUUGUCUUUCGCAUACUCCAGGCCACGGCUGCAAAUGCCGGUGAUGGAGAAGUAUUGGUGGAGGAGAUCGGGGAUUAUAAGCGAGUAAUGGAGCGGAAGGGGGAGCAUUUUGUUUCCAGUGAUACCUUGGAUUUGGGUAUGACUUUGUGGACUGCGCAUUGGUUCUCUGAGAAAGAAAAUUGGGCCACGAAUCUCUCAACGAGAUGCUUUGAGCAGUUGUACAAUCUAUUCGAGACUGAUCGGUACCUUGCGCGUAACAUCAAUUCUCGCUUGGCCUUCAGGGAGUUUGGAACGUGUAUGGGAAGCCAGUGUCAGUCGCAACAGACAACUGACAAAGAACGGGCGGUUGACUUGAAGACAUGGUCUGAUGCUAUCAUCGCUGAAUGGGAUCCAUAUAUGGACUUGUCCAUACAUGAUGAAUACACACCUGAAGACCUGCGACCUAUCACUCGUGUGAUGUAUGCAUCGGCAUUGAAUGCAGGUGCAUUCUGUGCUGGGUAUUUAGGCCACGAGCCUCCGGCCUUGCACACGUAA